CAGUCCCAAGGGAACCCUUUGUGCGGCACAAGCGACGUGGCUUUGUGCGCGUUGCUCUCCUCAAAGCCAGCCGAGCGUGCUUUGUUUGCGGUCAUCGCCCCACUUUGACGAGUUAGUCGUCACUCGUGCAGCAGUGGAGCCAGCGCAGCUCGGCGAUGGAGGCGCAAUUCAUCGCCGGCUCCUGGCCGGCCAUUCAUGCAAUUCCACUGCUCCGCUCGGUUGCGAGACACACUCUUCGCCUUUCACUCUUGGGCGCAGGGCUUACGCCCACACAAAAGGCGAUCUUCCCUUCAUCAGAUAAGCUACACAGGUUCCGAGGCUCGAGCACCGGACGAGGGCCUGGUUUUGGCAAGUUUGCAUCGUCUGUUUGUCUUCUGGAUCCUGUUAUCGUGGCUUCUUGUGAGUGCACGGCCGCAAGAUCGCUGCGUCCGCCUUUGAAGCUCGCUCAAUGUAUCGCGUCACUCUACCGAUCUAUGGGCGCAGUUGUCGAGAGUGUCAAUGAUGGGUAAUCGCUUGUUAGCGCCCACAGAAGAUAGCGCUACUAGUCUUCCUAGACCGCGAGUUUUCGAACCCAUCUAUCGGGCUUAUCUUCGCCAAUCGACGCGCCUCCGAGAUUCGUUCGCUAAGCCCGCCACGUCCAUCCGCCUUUGCCCGUGCAACUGCGUGGACCCUUUGACAAAGUGUACAAACAACCUCCGAUCUUCCAGAAUUCUAAACGCACAAACGUAAAGGGGAACAAGAAUGAAGGGCCCGCGCCCUCAUCGUCGUCAAGAUAUGCAUGCAGCUUGUUACGGUCUCCUGCACGUAAAUGCCUUCCGGACAAAAUCGUGGCGGGAACACGGAGUGCGGCCUCGUUCUCGCUUUGUCAAUUUACUACGGGAAUGCGUCAAACUCCGCCU